AUGGCAAUGGCUGUCGACAAUCGCCAGCAGGUCUCUGGCCUGUCUUACGAUCACCUGCGCUACCAUGCGCCGCACUUCACCAACCCAUGGGUGUCCGCCGCUCCCGCGCCGAGCCACCACAUGUAUGCCACCUCGUUGCCUCAACCUUCGAUGGUCAGCGAUCCCGGCGCACACCACUUGGUGGCAAGAGCCCCAAGUGUUAGUGUGACCAUGCCCAUGCACUCAAGUGCCAUGCCGGCUCCUACUCUGGCUUCAGGUAUUGAUUCUUUGGAUGCUCUCUACGCGCAAUCCAGCUUACCAGGCCAAGACGGUCUCAGUGCUCCUCGUCCCUAUGGCUCGACCUACGUGACCUCUGGUCCCUCGUCUGGCGCCCUGUACGCUCCCACCUCUGCUCCCCACUAUGCCCGCGAGUAUCCCAACACCGCCGCCUCAUACGCCGCCUACAACCAGGACCGUCGCUCUUCGCACCCGUCAGUAGCCUCCGCCAACUUCCUUGGAAACCCUGUGCUAGCCCAGAAGCACCGCCAGAGCAGUUUAAUUGACACCAACAGACUGAACGCGCCCUCCACCGAGACCGAGCAGCGCAACAGCUUCAGUGAUGCUCUUGAUGCCAGCAGAGGCAUGGUUGCCAUGAGCCAGGACAUCACCCCCAGGAACAUCUAUGGCAACCAGGGGUCGAGCAGAAGCUCAUCCGACUCAUAUGGCUUCCCCUCGACACAUUCGGCCCACUCAUCCAUCUCAUCGGCCAGCACAUACCCUUCAUCAUACUACGGAUCCGUCAGCGAGGCUUCAUAUGGAGACUAUAGCUCGGCAAGCGAGUCUGUUGACACAUCAUCCCGCACAUUGCCCCGCCCUACUGCCCUCUCGGGCGGUGUCGCACUACCUCCUGCACCUCAGUCCAUGAUGGGCCAGUUCAGCUCAAAGGUCUCUUCGAGCUCGCAGAAGAAGCACAAGUGCAAGAUCUGCGAUAAGCGCUUCACUCGUCCCAGCUCUCUUCAAACCCACAUGUACAGCCACACCGGCGAGAAGCUCGUUUCCAAUCUUAGACGUCACCGCAAGGUGCACAAGGGCGAAGACUCUCACGCCUCCCCAGAUGACGAGUAA